AUGUUUGGUUGCGUUUCUGCUGGUGUCCUACAAAUGUUGACAGCUUACUUGCCUAUUCCUCCUGGUGACCUACAAAUGUUGACAGCUUACUUGCUUAUUCCUCCUGGUGACCUACAAAUGUUGACAGCUUACUUGCCUAUUCCUCCUGGUGACCUACAAAUGUUGACAGCUUACUUGCCUAUUCCUCCUGGUGACCUACAAAUGUUGAAAGCUUACUUGCCUAUUCCUCCUGGUGACCUACAAAUGUUGAAAGCUUACUUGCCUAUUCCUCCUGGUGACCUACAAAUGUUGACAGCUUACUUGCCUAUUCCUCCUGGUGACCUACAAAUGUUGACAGCUUACUUGCCUAUUCCUCCUGGUGACCUACAAAUGUUGACAGCUUACUUGCCUAUUCCUCCACGUAUGAGUUUAAAAGCGAGAAUAAUCAGAGUUGUUUAUAAAACAACGAUUAAGCAAUCAACAAAUUAA